AUUGUAAUUCGCUAGAUAGUAGUGUAGCAUUGUCUCUAUAGGUCAUACACAGUCUUGUUUUCAAUUUCAGUUAGUGGUCGGCUGACAAUAAGUCAUCCCCCACAGUAUAGCUGUCAGACCACAGUGUUCAACAAGUAGCAGUAAAAGCUCUGUUUGUAUAUUGACUCCAUGGAUACAAACAAAAACAGUCCCUUCACAUAAAAGGCUUCCUGUCUUCUCAUCUUUUGAAAGGAGAAGAGAGAAGAGUGGGUGUCAGAGGGGUUAUCGACCAUGGGGGAAUGUGAGGUCCCUGCAACAGUUCAAAACUGUUUACAUGUCUGGUUAAAAUUCCAAACAUAAUAUUUACCCUGUCAACUGUUGGUUUGCUCAGAGCAACUGCAGAAGCCAUUCACAAUGGCCAAUCCCUCAGUGCCAAAGCUAUGUCACUAAGUGUGAUUGUAGUCAACAACAUUGAUUUAACAUCCCCUAUUGUGGCACUGUGUGCUUAGCCCAAACGCAUUACUUCUUUUGGCUCUAUGGAAGAGGCGAGUGCUUCAGCUGCUUGUAGCUACAUUACAGGAGGGGGCUAUAGAGGUCUGGUCUGACGCAUUUUGUAUAGAGAGAAGGUGAAAUGUUUGUCACAGUGCAGUUUGGAGAGGCCCAAACAGAAUUGUUUAACCUGAACUGCAGGAUGAUAAACUUCAUCCACAGUUUGAAGGAGAGGUGUGAUCUGGAUCCUCAAGACUGUGUGGACCUGAUAGGCAGGACAGGGGAGCUGGUGAACCUGAGUGACAAGGAGGAGAGCAUGGAGCAGGCCAGCAGUCUGAUGAAGAAGAGGCACAGCUACGUUCUCAUACGCAUCUGCAGUGACGGGACUGAAGGGCAGAAGUAUGUGCCACUCUUAAAUGACCUGGACAAGAGCCAUCCUGAGUUAGCAGAUGUCCUAAAGAAGUUGUCCAACCCCUGUAAGGAGCGGGACAGAAAGGCUGUUCCGUCAAGGAAAGGCUCUGUUAACCAGACCUGGAGCAAGGCCACCGCUGGAAACAAGAAGAGCCAUUCUGGAAAACUUUGACUAUGAUGAGAGGAGAGGAGGAAAGGUGAAAAUGAUGGUGAUGGACAUGCAUGAAUAAAACAAUGUGAUCCACAUACUAAUACAGUAAAUGUGUUGGUGCUGUGGUGCUAUUCACUCCGAUAAUUUUUUAACAAAGGUACAUUUAGGUUGAUAAAUUAACAUUCUAACAUAUCCCAACGGGUAAUGUAAGAAUGUUGCAUGUCUGCUGUGCAUACUAGAGGCUGGUAUAGGUCCAGAAACGUUUUGUACUCAUAUAGGACUAUUUGUGAGAGGUAGGCUAUAUGGACCACUUAUUAAAUGCAUAAAUCUACUUAUCCAUGUAUUCACAACAAUUAAUGAAGUUAAAAUAAAAUACAACAAUUGUUGAACAACUAGUAAAGGUAGCAUAUAUAUUUGUAGAUACGGUGCCUAGUGUUAUACCACAUAGUUUUCUAUACAAUACAAGCUUUGUCUAUACUGUACCUGACCUGUCAUAGACUUCCUAACUGUAGUCAGUGUAAAGCGUGACUCAUCAUCUUCAUGAUGAUAUAUGACAGAGAAACGUGAUAGAAUCGGACAGGUUGCAUAACCACAGCAAAAGUAAAAAUAUGACUAUGUUUAUUUUGCCCAAUAGACGACGGGGUGGGCUUACUGGGCUAUCGGGUUCACUAACAGAAGCACAAGGUUUGGACGGUGGAACUUGUACAGAAGGAGCCUCACAAUGCCGGGGUCUGAGUUUGAAUCUUUGGAGAAGAUACUGGAGACACAUAUUCCAGAUGAGGAAUUGAAAGAAGUGAAAUUAAUCUUGUUUGGAAAAGAAACCAAGUGAGUUGUUGUUGAAUUCUGCACUCGGCCCUAUCAGGCUGCAGAAGUCUCCUUGUCUGUAUGCUGAGCCUGGUCUCAUAGACUAGACGUAAUAUAGUAAAAGUAAAUCCGGGGCAUGCAAAUUAGUAUGAUAUGAAACGUUUGGUACGGUUACAUGAGAGAGAAGGUUACUUAAGGCAAAAACAAAAGGAGAGUGGUUGGUCAGGGUGGAUGGGUGAGCGCAGAGCAUAAUUUGAGACAGAUCCUGCCAGAACAGGAUCCUGCACCUCUCCGUUUUGGACUGUUUCAUUCCGUAAACCCAUUUGUCAAGAUCUGGUAUCUCUAUUGCCAUAAAAAAUCAUUGUCAGCUUGCAAUGUAAAAAUUAUAAUAAAAGCAAUCAGAGUUCAUUCAAGUUGCCUCCUCCGUAAUUAUCCUGCCCCUUAAAAAUGUAAUGAGAAAAAGUGUCUGAUAUUCCACAAAUUGAUUUGAGUCGGGCCGGCCCGGGUUUAUUGUUUGCGAAACAUGUAGCCUAUAGACCAAUGCGUGGCCUUUGCUGUGGUGAGAGAGAGAAGCACACCUGUAUCUCUCGCAUAACUUUUUAUGAUCUCUGUCCCUCUCUCUGCUCUGAUGAACAUGAGCCUGCAACUCUCAUCUCUCCAGCAUUACAGUUCAUAAUUUAUUUACUUAUAGAAUCAUAGCCGCGGGAAGGGUGCUGGAUGUAUCCCAGCACCCCUGAUACAUUUAAACACUUUUGACAAAGUUAUAGAAUUACUGCUGCCUGUUCAAAAAUAAGUGAAAUAAUUCAGAAGACUACUCCACGAGUAGGCCUAUAAUUUAGCCACAGAGGAUCAAUAGCUUAUUUAAUAUUUUUGCCUCGCUGUUGAUUGUGUGUAGCCCAAUCACAAUCACCUACAGCUGGGAACGUGCAGAAAAUUGUUCAGUGAACAGAACGUAGCUAAAACAGGCCUUUCCCAAUAUUUGAAAUACAAUCACCAGCAAACACAAAUUGGAAAGUAAAUGGCUCCUGUUGAAAAGAAGCUUGUCACACCUGUACAAAAUGUGGAAAACAACACAGUGAAAGAAAUGACAGGAUAGCGUGUGCCCCAAACCAUCACAGCACAAUUGCUCCACUGUCUGUAUGUCCCCUGUAUACCUACUGUGCAAGUUAAGGUGAUAGAAGAUGGACUAAAUUACAAUACAUACAAGUUAAAGGUGAAACCGUCCCUUUGUAGUAGACAGAAAAUGAGAUGUCAUUGUAUUCUACUCAACUCAUGACUUUUUUUUACAGUUCAUAUUUCAAUUUCCUACAUUGUCGAUAUAUCCCUUUCCCACCCCCUCCCUAUUGCCCCUGCCUCACACAAAUUCUUAUAUGUAUUUCUUUUCAUUUAGAGUUUUUUUUUUACAUAUUCUUUAAACAUAUCCUUUUCCCAUUUUGAAUGUAUAAUCAAGUAAAAUAAACCUUUACCGUGUCUCUUGUC